AUGUAUCCGAUACUUACAGUCAUCAGCUCAGAGGUAGAACGCUUGGGUACAGCCAUGGCAGGUGGCCACGCAAAGAACGCACAACCAAGUUUGCAAACUCCCACAGCGCUUGCGCGACAAUCACGAGUUCUUUUUCCGAUAUCUGUUGCACAAGAUGUAUCCUCCCGUCGAGACAACGCACACGUGAUGGCUGCCACAUACAAUACAAAAUCCAUCUCACGCCCCUUGGGUUUCUAUCAUCCGUUUCGUUUCCACUCUAGUUCAGUUCCAUACACUAGAUCCAUCAUGUUCAACCCUCGAUUCCUGCCCCCUGAUCCUUUCCACCGCCUCUUCCCGGCCUCAUACCCAAUGUUUCCACACAACUACACCUCUACAGCUACUAUCCACGAUUACUCCUCCUCUGCCCACCACCACCCUCGCCUUCAUCGCACACAACACUCCCACCCUCCCAGACCCUACUUCCCUAUCCCCAGCCAUUCAGACAUCGACGUCGCCAUCGCACACACACCACAUCCUUACCACCGCAUCACCCACCCAAACACAGAUACAGAUACGGAUACGGAUACAGACACUUCCACCACCACCGAAUUCAACACACCCCGCCACCACCAUGACCACAUCCCACACUCCCCCUAUCCCCCUCCUCCUCGCCACUACCACGACAACACACCCCCUACCCAAACCCACACCCCACACUCCUCCUUCCGCACCACCACCGUCGCCCUACCUCGCCGCGUAGCACAAUAUCUAGACCACGCACGCACGCCCUGCGACGCCCUUGUCGUUUCUGAAAUGUUGACCCGAGUUGCAGUGCAUAUGCGGGUUUUGGGCCUGGAUGGGGGUGGGGGUGGGCAUGGCGACGAAGAUGUCCAGCGUAAUCGGUAUAAUACGCUUCAACAUUGUAAUCGGAAUCAUGUUCGGAAUCGAAAUCGAAACCGCAGUCGCAAUGGUAAUCGUGAUGGUAAUCACCGCAGUCUCCACCACAGUCUCCACCGCAACCGCAACCAUACCCGUACCAACAACAAUACCAACACCAACACCACCGCCCAAACCCUCCACAUCCUCGUAGCAGGAAACUUGCAUCUCCACGACAUAGCAGCACAAAUGCUUUCCCGGCACCCAUCUGGCGGCACGGAGGAUAUGCAGAUGCAGAUGCGGAUGCGGGUGUGGGUGCGUGGGGCGGGGGGCGUGUGGAGUGAGGUUGGGGGUGGGGUGAGGGUUGGGGAUGUUUGUGGGGGGAGGGAAGUUGAGAUUCAGAUUGAGAUUGUGGUGGGAUUUGGUGGGGGUGGUGGGGGGAGUGGGAGGGGGAGAGGAGGAGGAAGGGAAGGGGAAGGGGGGAGAGGGGGUGUUGUGGCGAGGGAGUGCGAGGAGAGUGCGAGGGCGUGGGAGUAUAGAGGAUAG